ACACUCUGCUGCUUUCUGAACCAGUUCAAUCUCGUUUUUCUUGUUUCUCCGUUUCUGUGACAGAGAGCUGCAGAACCUUCAGCCUCCUGAAGCUGUUUCUCCAUGCAGCUGCAGGAGAUCAAAUUAAAAUGAGCUUCUACGGUUUACACCAUUUCUCAGCUGAAUACGCCUUUAUUCAUGAUGUCACUCAUAUAAAGUUUACCAUCACCUUCCUCCUUCCUUUUUGACGAGACUCCUAGGAAAGAAAAGAUCGUUUCUUCUAGUAAAUCCAGUCUUGACGCUGUGUGGUUCUGAAUCUGUGGGUCGUCCCUCCAUCUCUGCUCCGGUUCAGUUCUGCUGCAGGUCGAUGGCUGAAGGAACGCUGACGUUACUCAGACUGGACCUGCUGUCGGUUUCUGCUCUGGUUCCCUGCAUGACGGCUUCAGGUGAUCAGAACCUCUCGGUUCGUUCUGGAGGCAGCGUCACUCUGUCCUGUUCAGCUGCUGAUCUCACCGAUCCAGAGGCUGUGAUAUGGAGCAGAACCGAUCUGGACUCAGAUGUUCUGUUUGUCCGACCUGGUCAGAAAAACUCAUUGAUCCGGCACCAAUCCUAUCAGAACCGAGCGAAUCUCCUGGACUGGCAGGUGAAGAAUGGAGAGGCGUCUUUGGUUCUGGACAACGUGACGACUGAUGACAGCGGGACAUACGAGUGUCGAGUUCAAAUAAAGGAGAAAGAGAUGAAACGGAUCAGCACCGUCAGCCUGCAGGUUUCUGCUGCGCCUCCUCCAGGGAACCAGAAUGGAAGCAGGAAUGAUGGAGGGAACAAGAGUGGAUCCGUUAGACCUUUCCCUGCAGCCGUUCUGCUCUUUGUGUCUCUGAUUCAUUUAUUUGCUCUUCGUUGGGUUUCAACUUUCUUCCUGCUUCUGUUCGUCUUCAUGUGAAGAAGAACAGAAGAGCUGGAAAAAGGCGGAGGCUAGCAGCGUUAACUGGAGCAUUAAUGAAGGGUGGAUGGAUCUGAGGGGCAGAGAGCAGAUCCACAUUUAAAGUGGAUCAUUUUGGGAU